CUUGAACGAAGGUGGGAGUGUGCGUACUUCUCUCGUGCGAUUUUGUGAGUGACAUCGGAAAGAAAAGAGAUUAUACCAAGGAUAUAUACACCCCUUUUUGGAUACAGCAAGAUGUACUUGUGAAUUCUGUGAUGUGUUUUCAAAUUUGGUGCUAAGGAUGCUGAAACACGUGACCUACCGCUCCACCUCGUCCUUGGGGCGCUCGCCCGCCGAACUCACCUGCCGGGGCUCGAGCGUGUGUCCCGACACCCUCAGCCUCAAGGGUGACCUCUCCCCCUCGUCCCCCGAGAUGACACUCAAGGGCAAGAGCAUGAUUUCGUCCCCAGACACGCUGUCUCUCAAGGACGCUUCGCUCUCCGACCUCAAGGCCUUCUCUCCGGAUUCGAUCAGCCUCCACUCGACCCUCAGCUUCUCCUCCUUGGCCAUCGGGAGGUUGUCCUCGAGGUGCUCCUCCACCGCGUCGCUUAACGAGCCGCAGACGACGCCCGUGAAGGUCUACCUGCGCUCCCUGCGUCCUGACAUCGAGUACAAGACCGUCAGCCUGUCGUCCUCCACAACGUGCCGCCAGCUGAUCCUCAUGCUCCUGGCCAAGUUCCGGCUGCGCCACCGCGACCCCAACCUGUUCUACGUGACGAUGGAGGUCGUGGUUCGAGGGCCAGGAGGAGGCGCUCCCGCCCGACGACUCCUGGUGCUGGACGACCACGCGUGUCCGGCGGAGCUGCAGCAGUGUCGUCCCCGCGGGGAGGCUCGCUUCAGCGUGGGCGUCCGGCGCGGCGGGCUGCUGCGCGUGCACGACUCCAUCCUCAUGCCCGGGUCGCAGUACAAGUCGCUGCUGGUGUCGUACCGCACGACGGCGGAGGAGCUGGUGCAGCUGCUCCUCAACUGCUACAGCAGCAAGGAGAACCCCGCGAACUACGCGGUGCACGAAGUCAACAAGAACCCGUACAGCGACCGGCCUCUGGAGCCCGACGAGUUCCCGCUGCUGGUGCAGAGCGAGUGGCCCAGAGCCUCCCGCCACAACUACGCCUUCGUCCUGCGCAGAAACGUCUCCUACAGCCUCAGCCUCAAGUCAAGAGUCUCGUGGAGAAGAAGCCUGGACCAGUCGAGCACGGACACCGAGUCCGAGCACGAGGACCACAACACGACCAUCGGCAGCCUCAUCUCCACCUCCAGCGUCUCCUCCGCCCUCAGCAUCUCGUCCGGCGGCAGCGACUCCUCCGAAGGCUCCUCGUCGGGAGUGUCUUCCAUGGCGUCCCCGAACAUGUCCCUGGCGUCCCUGAGGGCCUCUCUCCCCGUCACGACGCCCACGUCAUCGGCGACGUCUUCUCCCGCCGCGACCCCGGCGUCGUCCGCGAAGUCGUCCCCCGUCGCGACCCCGGCGCCGUCCCCCGCCAAGAGUGCGAGUUCCGGCGACGCCAAAGCGCCCGCCGACGACGCGUCCAAGCCCCAGAUAACGACCACCACAACGACGAUAACGACGACGACCCAAGCGGCGAAGCCCCCCGUGCCGUCCCCCGCGCCGCAGGGCUCCUCCCCGGCAGGAGACAAGCCCGCGGCGCCGAAGCCCGUCCCGAGGACCAUCCUCAACAUCAUCACCGUGACGGGCAAGAUCGUCUCGACGCCGCAGCAGAGGGGCCAGGCCGCGCCCCCCGCCGGCCGGAGCGAGAGCAGCAGCAGCCUCCCGAAACCCGUCAUUAUCUCGACGACGCUCGCGCCAUCGCCUUCAGCCUCGCCCUCCCCCGCUGCUGCAGCCUCGCGCCAAGGCGAUCGCGUCCUCGUCGUCCUCGUCCUCUCUGGCGACGCUGGGCGGCAGCUCUCAGCCCGAGGAGCCGCCGCUGCCCAAGAGAAGGGCGUCCUGCUGCCCGAAUUACGAGAACUGCUUCUACAUCUGAGCGCCGCCGCUCGCCAAAGAUGCCCCAUGCCAAAGAUUUGAUGCUCAGAGCGACGGCUGUCCUCGUGUUGAUACCAGUGGAAAGGAGUCAACCCCACGACUCGUAUAUACGCACAUAUAUAUAUAUAUUUCUCGAAAAUGCAAUAUAUGAAGAUUGUGUUCCGAGAGAAGAGAAAAGCGAAGCUAAUUAAGUUUAAGGUCCCUUUUUUCGUACGUGAAGGCAAGGAACGUGUUACGGAGUUGGAAGAUUAUUGCUUUUCCAGUGACUCGAUGGAGGAGCUCCUUUCUUUCGUGCCUUCGGAGCCGCCAGAGGUCACGUGAAAGGGGCAAGUGCGACGCGUAGUAAUAAAAAUAAUUAUCAUGGUUCAUUCUCUCUGUCUGUCUGUCUCUGUGUCUCUCUCUUUCUCUUUCUCUCUUUCUUUCUUUCUUUCUUUCUUUCUCUUUAUCUAUCUAUCCAUCUAUUUAUUUCAUUUAUUUUCUCUUGUAUCACCAGAAUACCAUUGUAUGAAUUGCCUAGAAACAGUAGCGUGAAAAGUUCACGGACAUCCGCUGUUUUCAAAAAGAAAUACGUGUCGAUUUUUUGUUUAUAUACUGUCUGUUUUUUCACCCUUUCUUUUCGCUCUGUGUUUCUUUCUAUCUUCCUGUCUUUCUUUCGUUAUCGCUAUUCAUCAUUUCCCCUAAAGUGUGUCACCAGCUUUUUUUACACCUGUUUCCGCGUAGCUCAGACCUCGCUCUUUCCGUGUCUUGCCGACGUCGGAAGAGGAACAGGAGAAGGAAGAGAAGGAAAAGGAGGAAGAGGAACAGGAGGAGGAAGAGGAGACAAGGAAACAAUCGCGGUGCGUGCGAAACUCCAGUUCUUCUUCCUCCUCCUAGUGUGUUGGGUCAUUGUUGUGAACUGAGCUUGAUAUCGUCGGCGAGCUGGUGUUCCGUUGUUAGAGUGAGUGUUGGGGAGGCGGAGGGAAGGGAAGGUGUGAGGGGAGGGGAGUGCGUGAUACAGUGUGUGUAGGUCGGGGGGAAGUGUGUUCGUGUGUUUGUAUGUGGAUAGAUGGAUAGACGGAUGGAUGGAUGGAUGGAUAUUUUGCAUAUAUAUAUAACUUCCCAUGUUACUAUUCUCUUUGAUGUGUGGAAACUUCCCUCCCGCCUCUCUCUCUUUCUUUCAUUUCUUGUUUAUCAUCUCAUAUCUUGUCAUUAUUAUAUUUUUUGACGAGGAAACUCAUAAGGAGGAGGAGGAAAACGAGGGUCUGCUUUGACCGCAAAUAAGGAAUUGUAUAGUACAUUUUAGCGACCAAAUAUGCUCUUUUUUCCCGAGACCUGUAAUUUUUAACCCUAAGAAUUGAUAGUAUACUCUUGUUUUCUAUGAUAGUCAGCUUCUAAGUCAUUCUUAUAAAAAAUAAUCAUAUUUUUAGGAUGAACACAUAUCGCUUUGAUAGUUCAAAUGGAGAAAGAGAGUUAAAAAGAAAUAAUUUUAAAAACGAAAUCGGUCUCCUAGCGAUAGCCAAAAUAAGCCGUAAACUGACGCGUUGGAAAUAUGAAAGUAGGAAAGACAGAGCUUCUUUUUUAUCCGAUAAGACGGUAGAUAACGUGGAGGGGAUGGGGGAUGGGGGGGGAGGGGAAGAGGGUUCCUUUUGACCCCCCCCCCUUCAUCAAAGGAAUCCUCUGUAGGGAAGGAUAAUAACAGGAUUCAUGGAGCUACCCGUUUUGAAGGAGGUCGAGGAACACACACAUACACACACACACACACACUCAACACAAAUACUUAAAAACACGCACAAACACACACACACACACACACACACACACACACACACACAGUAAGAGGGGGGAGGGGGAGGAGGUAGUAAGAUGAAGGAAACCCUCUCAGAUCGCAUCCAACUAUUGCAUUGGUAGCGUCGCGUCGAUUUUUUUUUUUUUUUUUUUUUUUUUUUUUUUUUUUUUUUUCAUAAAUUGGCAGGUAUGAAAGCCUUGCGUUGUUGGGAAUCAUCGGCUAGGAAUUUUAAUUAGAUCAGAAGAGUUAUAUGAAAAAAAAAGGAAAAUGAUUUGUUUAUUUCUUUCCGAGUGUGUGAUCUUGAUCGACUUUCGGAUAGAAAUGAAAAUAUAGCGUUAUAUGAAGUAUAUACGAUAUAUUCACGCUCUAUACAUCCUGCUUUUGUUAAUAUUCCAAACUCGUUCCAAAAAGCAAAUGGAGUCCUAUUUUUAAGAGGCAUUAAUGAACGCAGAACAGGAGCUAAA